AUGACGUCUUCGUCCACUUGGGCACAGGACGUAAUCACGUGUGAUCUUUGUGACAACCCCACCCAGCAGUUCUAUAGAAGAGAACGUCUCGUAUUCUCCUCAUGUGCUUCUCAUCCAAACCAGAAAUGUGAGGGACAUUGCCAACAGUGUGACGUCCCUGUCUGCUUCAGAUGUCUCACAGGUCCACACAGCGGCCAUACUGUCAAAGAUAUGUCAGAGAUUGUACAACAGAUGAAAGAAGAAAUCAAAAAAGAAACCGAGGAAAUUGAGAAGUUUAUUUCAAGAUUCGCCCUAACAGGAGCAGACAUUGAUCAGAAGAUAUCUAACUUGACUGAAAAAUUUAAAACAAUGGAGAGAGAAGGAGAAAAUCUGAGAAAAUCCUGGCAUGAAGAAGUAGACAGCAUUUUCGACACACUACAAUCAACCAUUAGUAAAAUGAAGGAUAGAAGACUCACAACUCUCAGAUCACACCAGUCCAGGCUUCAGGAUUCGGGGACAAAAUUAGCACGGAUAACAAAGGAAAACAAGAAAAUCCUGAAGUCCAAUAAAGUGUCUGAUGUCACAAGCUACAAAUCAGAACUAAAAGAAUUCAGAGACAUUCCUACAGAUGUUGAUGUGAAAAUACCUUCCCUAAAUAGCAACACAGUCCAGGGGAGAGAACUCAGCAUAGAAUUAGAAGAAUUCAAGGCUACACUGACACAGAUAUCACUAUCCAGUCUAACAGAUGAAGUCUCCAUUUUAUCUGUGAGAAAAUUAUUAGAGAAAGCUAAAGUUAUUGCUAGCAUUCCUUCUGGAAUAAAGCCUCUUGGUGCCCUUGUCUGUACCGGAACCAAUGAAACUUGGGCUUAUGGUGGAGACAAAUUCAUAAGAUGUAUUGACAUAAAGGGAUCUUUGAAGGAGAAGAUCACCACCGAAUGUGAACCUUAUCCAGGUGACAUUUCAGUGACCAGGCAGGGAGAACUAAUAUACAGUGAUUCUAACAGCAGAACAGUGAACAUUGUCAGACGGGGGAGGACAGAGACACUGAUCACUUUACCCAAGGGAUGGCAUCCAUUAGGAUUGUGCUGCACCAGAUCAGGGGACUUACUAGUUAGUAUGUGUAUCCAUGAUAGAAGUCAUCACAAAAUAGUCCGAUUUCAGAGACAAACGGCAAUACAAGAAAUAUAUAAAAAUGACCGUGGACAAAAUGUAUUUCAAGGUGGAAAAGCUGGAGUUUGUGUUGAAGAGAAUAACAAUGGGGACAUUUGUGCCUCUGAUUUGGGUGCCGAUACAGUAAUAGUGAUGGACAAGACAGGAAAAGUUCGAUUCCGUUAUGACGGAACACCAGCCAGAAGGAAUAAUCCAUUCCAUCCUCAAAUCAUUGCUACAGACUCACUGAGCCAGAUCAUUAUAACUGAUUUUAAUAAUGACUGUCUUCAUAUCUUAGAUCAGAAAGGACAGUUUCUGAGAUGUAUUGACAAUUGUGGACUUCUGAGUCCUGGUGGACUGAGUGUGGACAGUGAGGGGAGGUUGUGGGUAGGGUGUUGUUUUUCAGGUGAUAUAAAAGUCAUCCAGUACAUGGAGUAA